UUUUAUCACACUACCAUUCCCCUCUCUCUCUUCUCCGUCUUUCACUCUCACUCUUCUUCGUCUUCCUUUUCCUUCUCUUCGCUUCUCCGAGAAUCCUGGCCAGCGAGGCAGAGAGAGCCAUGGCCGUAGGUCGUCGCACGUGUGAUGAACCGUCGGCGAGCGACUCCGACGGAGGAGAAGCCAAAUCGCAGCCGCCGGAGAAGAAAGCGGACGUCGUCGUGGUCUCCGACGACGGAGAACGCGGCGAAGAGGAUCGUCUGAAAGCGGAGGUCAAGGAGUUGCGCGGACGAUGGGAACUAGCGUCGGUUCUCAAUUUCCUGACCGUUUUCCAGCCUGUAAUCGGGAAAGAUUUGAGGAUAUCGGCGGAAGAAAUCGAGACGGGUUUGGUGAAUCCCGAUAAUUCGCUUGCUCAGCUCCACAUUACGCUCCUCAAGGGGAUACCUCCUGCAAGUAAAACACUGGAUGGUUCUGAUGCGUGGGUAACUGUGCUUCGUAGGAAACUCUCUCAUUGGUGGUCGUGGGUUGCUGAAGGGGAGAUUCCGCUCAUGGCAGCUAAAGGUGAGGAGACGUCCGAAUACAAAGGGCUCGAUCCAAAAAGGCGUUUACUGAUCUUGAAAGCGCUUUGUGAAAUCCGGGCUGAUCAAGAUGAUACAGUGGCUUAUAUAAAGGAUUCUCUGAAACAAGGAACCCAAAUCUCUUCUUUCCGUAAAGAGAAUAUAGGAGGCAAUGGAAAUGGAACUUCCUUUUGGUAUGAGGGAAAUACAAUUAUUGGUCAUAGAUUGUACAGGGGGGUGACUACAUUUGGUACGAAAACAAAAUCUCGGGGGAAAAAAUGUUUAGAUCCACCCAGUUUUCAGUGGGAAACUCUGGCAACUGAUCUUGAGGAAUUUCGUAAACUUGCGGAUGAGUUUUCCUCGAGCGAAGUUGUAGCAGAAGUUGCUGUUGGUAAGACCAUCAAAACUGAUGCCAUACCUGCUCUUGAGAAAAUUCAGAAGAACAGAGAAAGUGCAAUGAAGAGGAAACAAAUGCAAGAGAGGGUUCUGAAUGAUUGUAGAAGUUCCUCUACUAGAGUUACUCGAUCCUGUCGCAACCGUAGGCCUGUCAACUACACUUAUGAUAACUAUGACAGGGCCAUUUGGGAGGCUAUAGAGCGAACGAGUGACCCAGAGAGAAAGACGGACUCAGAUGAUGAUUUGCCUAAAAGGGACUGUGCAGGCGAUGCUAGUUCUGGUAAAAAGGACGACGCCAUGGAUAUCGACUUGGUUCAGGAAGUUGAUACUGAUGAUGAUGAUUAUGAUUGUAGCAGCAAAGGUGAUGUUGACGACAGUGAUUUUAGUGACUCAGGCAAACCCGAAUUAGACGUUAAGAACAAGAACGCGGGCUGUGAUGCCCCAAAACAUUUUGGGAGCCGCUGGAGUCUGAGACUAGCUGGAUUCACUAACGAAUCUUUUGUGGAAAACAGAUACCUGGGCACAAAGAAUAGAUCGAGACAAAGGCCGGUUCACAACUCUGCUCUGGAUGCUGUUGUUAUACGGGAUUCAGAAGAUGAUAGCUGAAAGGAGAGUCCAUUAUCUUUUUUCUUUUUGCUGAACAAAAGAGAAGGCACUAUCAGGGUAUGAAAGUGAUACAGAAGUGAUAGCUUGAAGAUUGCUGUGGGUAACUUGACAUGCAAGUUCGUAGGCAGGCACGCAUAGUUUCCUCGCAUUUUGUAGUUGAGACUAAUGAGGAAAUUUUUUGAAAUGGUUAAGUUGUAAGUGAAACACUUGUGUUUACUCCUGGCGAUACUGCAUCUUUUGGCACCAGAAAAAUUCAAAGUUGGUUAGAUAUUCUCUAGUAUUUUCCAAAUUACUUGGAAGGAAGAUGGCUUCUUUUUUGUUAAUAUUAUUAACAGUUUU